AUGAAGCUCCUGUCUCAAUUCCGCAAACGACUAUCCCUUCUAGCUACCUAUGUCGGACUCAAUCAGACCAACGUGGAGCUGGUGCUACGACGUGAGCACGUGGAGACUCACAAACGAAAGCUAGCUCCUUUGUUCACUCCAGUGUACUUGGAGAAUCUCAGUUCUUUGGAUUACGAAGAGCCCCUCCCAAAGACGGCCCGAUAUUUGAAGCAUGCUUUGAGUGUUCCUUUGGUUACAGUGACAAAUUUAAACGUGGAGCCUGGACAGCGCCACUUUGUGCUCUGGCUCUAUAUCUCAUCUUACUUUCCUUUACUAUCAGCCUGUUUGGCACCAUUGGGCAACUUGAUUUCCCUAAUUGCUCUCAUUGAGCACUGGCGGAUUUCUUUAGAGUCGGGUAAACUUGUACCGGAGGAGCCGGCGCCGAAAGUACUCAAUAUUAUCGCAUUUGUGUGUGGAAUCAUUGGGAAUGUCUCUUUGCUAAUGAAUUUCUCGGGUACUUUGCGGUACCUUGUUACUCAAUGCGUUUCCAUAUUGUGCUGGGUUGCUGCUGUCGCCAUGCUACUCAUUGCAGUGCUUUUGACCAACGAAACUGUAGUUGGAGCUGAUCCUCACUAUAAACGCUCCGAGGGUUUCUGGCUAGCAGUAUGGACAAUCUUCAUGUAUUCAUCUUCGUCAAUUGUACAAAUUAUCAAUCUCUUGGGGUACAAGCUUCAGAAGUACGGGGCUUCAUACAAUCUUGAUCGCCAGCAGCGGCUGCUUAUCAACUACACGAUGGUCUUUGCCAUUUGGCAGGCGAUUGGAGCAUCUGUGAUGAAGCAUCUAAUCCAAAAUUUGAGCUACGGCGGCUCGCUUUAUUACUGCGUGGUUUCUGUCUUUACUGUGGGUCUAGGCGACAUACACCCAGUUUCUACUGGAGCGAAAGUAGUUGCACUCAUUUUCUCCUUUGUGGGAAUUGUCAAUCUGGGGAUGAUUGUUACUACACUUAUCAGGGUUGUGGUUCACUCUGCUGGCCCAAGUGUUUUCUGGCAUUAUACCGAAGUGAAACGAAUGCAACUUUUGCAAAAGUACAAUGAAAAUCCGAAUGACCCUGUGUUUGCUAAUUCCUUUCAGCUCAUGAGAGAUAUUCGAGAGGGUAUCGCACGCCAGCAAUGGCGUUUCAACUGUGUCACAAGCUUGAUUUUGUUUAUCGGGUUCUGGCAAGUUGGUUCUGCUGUGUUAUAUGCUUCAGAGGAUUGGACGUACUUCAACUCGAUGUAUUUUUGUUUCUUGUGUCUAUUGACCAUCGGCUAUGGAGAUUAUGCGCCAACCAGUGUGUUUGGUCGAGCAUUUUUUAUUCAAUGGGCCAUGGGCGCCGUUCCAAUCAUGUCCAUCAUCAUCUCUACAGUUGCUGAUAGUGCUUUUAACACGGCUGGGAGAUUGGGAAAGGUAGUACAGUUCUUCGAACAAGAAUGGACAAAAGACGCAGAUCAAGUUGAGAUGGAGUCAAGAACUCCUCCAAACAAAAAAUAUCACCUUGGAAUGAGCGGCAGCUCUCCUCAUAGACCAAUCGCUCAGCUCGUCGCAGAUUUAGAUACGCUAGAAGCCGUCACCAUCGAUGCCCUCGAAGAUCCACUGAUGAGGUAUAGCUACGAGCAAUGGACCACUCUUCUCGGCAAGCUUCGAUCAGUGCAGAGUGAAGACCCCUCUGACUCUAGCCACUGGCUCGGUGAAAUGUCUCCAUUGCGACUCCCCAUCAAAGAGCCUCGCUAUGUUCUCAUUCACUUGUUCCUGAGAUUACGCCACGAUCUUCUACAGCGACUAAAAGAAGAGAGCUCCGUCGAUUUUACCAACUCCACUUGUGUCGAUCGCAAGGAAUCGUAA